ACUACUAGCGUCCAAAUCUCGAGAGUUUUACAUCUAUUUACCUAGUCUAGGGGUGUAUUUUUGAUUAGUAUGACUGCAUCAACAAAAACAUAAUUAAUUAUGGAAAAUCUUGAAACUUUGCUUUAUAAAAAAGAAGUUUCUGUUUCUCUUUCAACUCCUAGACCACUAGAAUGCUUCUCAGUCGAUAAAAAUAGAAAAUUGAUGGACAAUGACUUGAACUGUUUAAGAUACUUCAUUUAUCCUGAACUUCCAUUGGAUUUAAAUGAUGGUUUUAAAUCGUUUAUUAAGAAGCCCGAUACUGCAAAACAUGAAGGUCUAAAACAUUUAUUAGAGUUCGUUCUGAAAAAGCAAUUAUGUAUAAAUUACUUCAGUAGUAAAACAUUAGAUGUUGAUUUCAUUUGUUUCCGAGGACUGUUAUCGCUUUUAAUGAGGACGCCAUAUGAAAAACAAUCCUGGACAGUAUGCGCUGUAAGGUGGAAAGGAGCAAUUUACUUGUGUGAAUUUGAUAAGUGCGAGUAUUCUUUUGAGAAAGCAGAACUUUUCAAUUACUAUGGCCAUAAAUUUGAACAAUACACACUUUCUAAUUCACCACAUAAUAAUAUCAAUAAAAAUGAGCCUGUGAAUGAGUGUGAAGAAUUUUGUGUUGUUUUUGAAUCAUUUUUAAAUGAUUUUAAACUAUUGUAUGGAGCUGAAGUAGAUGGAAUAAUAAGUGAUAUUACUCACUCUUCAAAAAGUUUUUUAACCAAUGCCAAUUUUGUUGAAUUAAAAACAAAUAGACUUAUAGAUAAUCAGCAGCAACAAUUUAGUUUUCAAAAGCACAAACUGUUAAAAUUUUGGACUCAAUCUUUUUUAGUUGGAAUAAAAACUAUCAUGGUAGGGUAUCGAUCAGAUUCUGGAAUUUUGAAGAAAAUCUUACCUUUGCAAGUUUCAGACAUUCCUAAAACUUGUGAACGCUUUUGCAAAAAGAAGUAUGUUUAAAAUUUUUGUAUGAAUUUCUUUGUUUAGUAAAAGACACUCUAAAAAAUUGCGAUGAUUAUAAUAUAGUGUGGAAGUUUACUUAUAAUAAUAGGACAAAGCAAAUAUUUUAUGAAAAAGUCGACAACAAUAUGUAUACUAUUUUGCCCUAUUGGUACAUUCAAGAAAUUUCAAAGCCAAAAUGAAAUUCGUUACUUUUUUGUUCAACAGUGUUUACUUUUAUUACAGAUAGUUAUGUAUUUUUUUUUUAAGUUUGUAAAAAUACUAACAAUA